GUAUGUAUAGCACGUACCCAUAUGUCAACUAAUGAUAUAAAAGGUAAAUCUAAACAAUAAAACACUACCAGAAGCAUGAAGUGGUGGUCAGUAGUUUGGUGUUUUGUUAUUUUUGUAUUAGAGGAUAGAUAUCUUCUUGCUAGAGGAAAUGAGAUUCCACCACAUUCUUCCAAAACAAAACCAAACGCCACAUCCCUAAACAAAGAAAAUGACAAUAACUCAACCACCAACAGUAAUGGUACUGUCAGUACCAUCUUGAAAUUCAGCGACGACCAACCCAGCGCCAAGCAAAGGAACGGGGGUAGGGAUGGAGACAAUGGCGGUGGAGGAGGGGGCUUAUUUAACGAUUUCUUUGGAGAUGGGGGAGGCCAAUUUGGUGGAACUUUUGGAGGUAAUGGAGGAGGAUUCGGAAAUUCUUUUCCGGAUUUGUUUGGAGGAGGCUUUGGAAGGAACUUUGGAGGAUCAUUUGGAGGAGAUGGCGAAAGUGGUGGGGGUUUUGGAGGAGGUUCAAAUCGAAGAGGAGGAGGGGGAGGAGGAGGCGGUAGAUUUGGAGGAGGAGGAGGAAAAGGAGAUGGUAACGGAUUUGGGGGAGCUGCAGGAGGUUUUGGAGGAGCUUCUGGAGGAUUUGGAGGUGGUUCAAGAGGAUUUGGUGACUCUGGAGGAGGUGGUGGAGGCAAUAACUUUGGAGGAGGAAGCGGUAUGAAUGGAGGAAGAGGUCAAGGAGGUAGAGGAAUGGCACCAGGUGGUGACGAUGACAUGAAUAUGAUCGCUGGUAGCGGAAGAGGCACAAGAAAAGGUUUCGGUGCAGGCAAUAACAGCUUUGGAGGAGCAGAAGACAGAUUGGGAGGAGGAGCCAAUGGAAGAGCUGGAGGAGGUACUAGAAGAGGUGGAGCAGGAUCUGGAGGUGAGGCAGAAGGCCGAUUUGUUGGUGCAGGGAACUUUGGAGGAGGAAACGGGCGAGAUAAUGGGAGGGGAGGUGUUGGUGUAAGAGGACGUGGGGGUUUUGGAGGAGGAGAGGAUGGAUUCAAUUCUGGAGACGCCAACGGUAUGAGAGGCGCCAAAGGCAAAGCUACUCCGGGAAAAGGUAACACAGGUCGUGGAGGGAAUAAUAGAGGAAACUCAAAUGGAAAAGGAAAUGGUAGAAGAGGUUUAGGAGAUGAUGACGAAUUUGGUGCUGAAGACGCUAAUAGAUUUAGAGGGAGCAACGGACAAGGUCAAGGAAGAAGGGGCGGUCAAGACAGAACUGGAGAUUGAGGCUUGAAUGGUUAACCCCACACAUGUAGUUGGAAGCUUCGAGCACUACUAGUGAUAAUGCUGUUGACCUAUCAUGUGGUGAGUGUUAGCAGACAUUGCUAGGAGAUAUAGUGCAACUAAUAUUUGAUCUUUAGAUAGACGCUUUGGAGGUAGAGAUGACGAGAAUGACUAUGGGGGAAAUAACGACUACGAUAGAGGGCUUAAAGGAGGUCAGAGACGUAGAGGAGGUCGGAUAGAAGAGGACGUCGGACUUGGAAACUAUGGCGAGGCACUGACCUUGUUUGGAUUCGAUGCUCCUUCUCUAAGGCAAGCUGAGAAGGCAGGCAAAACACGAACCAGCACUAUGACACCUCUUCAAAACAAGCGUACAGAAGAAGGUGGAAAAUCUGGAGGAUCGUGACUUUGUAGGAUAGUGAAGUUCUACAAAUGGUGAUAAAGAUUCUGUUUUGCGAGACAGCACAACAAAAAGCAUUACCUGAAGUGGGGAUUCCUUAUUUUUCAAUAAUAAUUUUGAAUAUACGUUUUGUUGUUUGUUUUCGUGUAUCCUAAAACCUGCUUCUUUAUUUCGUCGUUAGUAAUGUUCCACUAAAAUUUUCAUAAUGAAGUCAUCUUUGUUUGGACCUGAGAAGAGGGGAUAAAACCUUGGUGUUCUGAGAGCCUGAACCAGUGUCAAGAUGAAGGUUGUAGCAGUAGGUUUAGUGUUACUUUUGGGCUGUAUAUUUAUGAUAGAAGGGAAGGUGAAAAAAGGCUUCGGAGGAGGAGGAGGCUAUGUCGGAGGUUAUGGUAAAGUAUAUGGGGUAGGAUAUGCGCCUCAACCGGUGGUACACUACGUUGCUAGACCCAUUAGUCCAGG